AUGGCGCAGCCGGUCGGGCCGGUGCAGGAGCCGGUGGAGCCAGCAGCCGCUGUGGAGACGACGGCUGUUGCUGCUGGACGGGGUCUGGCGGCCCUGCACGCCGACCACGGGUGGAAGGGAGCGCAUCCGGGCGGCUGGAAAAAGGCGGCGGAGCUGUUUGCUGGAAAGAAGAGGCGGAGGCAAGGAGGAGGAGGCAAGGAGGAGGAGGCAAGGAGGAGGAGGCAAGGAGGAGGAGGCAAGGAGGAGGAGGCAAGGAGGAGGAGGCAAGGAGGAGGAGGCAAGGAGGAGGAGGCAAGGAGGAGGAGGCAAGGAGGAGGAGGCAAGGAGGAGGAGGCAAGGAGGAGGAGGCAAGGAGGAGGAGGCAAGGAGGAGGAGGCAAGGAGGAGGAGGCAAGGAGGAGGAGGCAAGGAGGAGGAGGCAAGGAGGAGGAGGCAAGGAGGAGGAGGCAAGGAGGAGGAGGCAAGGAGGAGGAGGCAAGGAGGAGGAGGCAAGGAGGAGGAGGCAAGGAGGAGGAGGCAAGGAGGAGGAGGCAAGGAGGAGGAGGCAAGGAGGAGGAGGCAAGGAGGAGGAGGCAAGGAGAAGGAGGCAAGGAGAAGGAGGCAAGGAGAAGGAGGCAAGGAGAAGGAGGCAAGGAGAAGGAGGCAAGGAGAAGGAGGCAAGGAGAAGGAGGCAAGGAGAAGGAGGCAAGGAGAAGGAGGCAAGGAGAAGGAGGCAAGGAGAAGGAGGCAAGGAGAAGGAGGCAAGGAGAAGGAGGCAAGGAGAAGGAGGCAAGGAGAAGGAGGCAAGGAGAAGGAGGCAAGGAGAAGGAGGCAAGGAGAAGGAGGCAAGGAGAAGGAGGCAAGGAGAAGGAGGCAAGGAGAAGGAGGCAAGGAGAAGGAGGCAAGGAGAAGGAGGCAAGGAGAAGGAGGCAAGGAGAAGGAGGCAAGGAGAAGGAGGCAAGGAGAAGGAGGCAAGGAGAAGGAGGCAAGGAGAAGGAGGCAAGGAGAAGGAGGCAAGGAGAAGGAGGCAAGGAGAAGGAGGCAAGGAGAAGGAGGCAAGGAGAAGGAGGCAAGGAGAAGGAGGCAAGGAGAAGGAGGCAAGGAGAAGGAGGCAAGGAGAAGGAGGCAAGGAGAAGGAGGCAAGGAGAAGGAGGCAAGGAGAAGGAGGCAAGGAGAAGGAGGCAAGGAGAAGGAGGCAAGGAGAAGGAGGCAAGGAGAAGGAGGCAAGGAGAAGGAGGCAAGGAGAAGGAGGCAAGGAGAAGGAGGCAAGGAGAAGGAGGCAAGGAGAAGGAGGCAAGGAGAAGGAGGCAAGGAGAAGGAGGCAAGGAGAAGGAGGCAAGGAGAAGGAGGCAAGGAGAAGGAGGCAAGGAGAAGGAGGCAAGGAGAAGGAGGCAAGGAGAAGGAGGCAAGGAGAAGGAGGCAAGGAGAAGGAGGCAAGGAGAAGAAGGCAAGGAGAAGGCAAGGGAAAGAGUAA